AUGAGACUAGUUGGGUUGGUAUUGUUCGCUAAACUUGCAGGGUGAUUUGCACUUCAAGCCGCUCCAUGCACAAGCAUCAACUUUAAGAGGGCCCAGAAAAAGAUCUACUCAAUGGAUUUCAUCAAGACCAGUUCCCUGCGUGCUCUGAUUGAGUUAACUUUCCAACGCAACUGGAACGGCCUCAUUUGGAUGAGUAGAAAAGGAGUUACAACCAAAAGAGUGAAGACUGUCCAGACGGCUCUAUCGAGAAACCGCGGCCAAGCCGUGCAGAGCGGCCGGCCGAGAAACGAAUGCACGGCCCAGCUUAACCCUAAGCCGCCUCAGAAGACCUAG